GUUAUCGCCAGUGAACGAGUCAACAUAACCAAAAAACUUUAAAAUUAAAAUAGUUCAAAACAAAACCAAAACAUUGGUCAAUCUAAAUAAUAAUAAAAAUAAAUGAGACACAUUGAUCAAGUUAUUGCGGAUAUUAAUUGAAAUUACAUUUAAAAUGGACCAACAAACAAAUCCGUAUCGAAAAAUGAUCGCUGCAGCUGUUUCGAGUGUAUUGAAAGAAUCUGGUUUUGAUACUGUGGAGAAAGAUGCUCUUGGAUCUUUGACUGAAAUGAUGCAGGCUUUUAUCUCAGAAAUUGGCCUCGUGAGCAGAAACUAUUGUGAAUUAUCUGGCAGAGUGGAACCCCUAAUUGCAGAUGUUAUCCUAGGAUUCACAGAAAUGGGAAUCAACAUUGGUUCACUGGAAAGUUAUCUGAAAUCAGGCAAACAUAUGGUUUUGCCAACAUUACAGCCACAACAGCCCCAAAAACUAUUGAAUAUGUUAUCAGCUGGGUCAAAGGAACCUUUACCAGGAUAUAUACCCAAGCAUUUACCACCAUUUCCUGAUCCGCAUGCUUAUGUUCGAACACCUACUCACAAGCAGCCAAUCAUAGACUAUGAAUCAGUGCGGGAAAAAGCUGCAAUGCAAAAAAAGGAUAUUGAGAAGGCGCUUACUAAAUUUUUGGCUAAAACUAGCACAACUCAUAAUCUUUUUGAUACAGAAGAAGGAAAUUUAUUUCCUUUGAUUGCAAUGAAACCCCCUUAUCCACCAUACCUAAGUGCUCUUCUGCCCCAGGAUCAAAUUUUUGACCCAGAAGACUUAGAUUUUGAUCCCAAAAGUCAAAUUUUGCAACAACAAAAAGAACACAAAGAGGCUCAGAAUAAAAAAGAUGAAGAUGACGAGCCAAUGGAUAGCGAGGGUAAUCUAAAUGAUUCAGUAAAGAGCGAGGAAAAUGCUCAGAUCCAUAUAGAUAACCCCUAUUUGGCCGCUACUAAGGUGCCUAUUAAAGAGCAACCCAUUGAUAUUUUAACUUAACAAGACAUAUUAUUUAUUUGUUAGAUUUAAGGAAUUGUAUUGUAGAUUUUUCAUUGAUUUUGUUUUAUAAACAAUAAAUUAAUUUUUUAAAGAUGGUAACUUUUUGGCUUUAUUAGUGGAAAAUACUACAUCUAAGAUCUGUUUUUUUAUGAAAAAUGUGAAAAUUAAUAUUUACUGAUAAUUAGCAACUCAAAACACACGGAGUGCUGGAAUACAUUUUGCAGAAAAGAUCCCAGCAAGAAUGGACUAUGGAUGGUUUCAAAAAAAUCACAACCUAUAUAUGAAAUAAUCUAUUUCUACAAAAUAUACACAGAUUAUUGCAAUUAAAAAAUAAUAAAAACUGUUUGUAUAUAAAUAAAAGUUUGAUUUAAUUCAUGGCAGUCACCACUCACCAGAGAAUGUUUAAUUAUGAUUAGUUUAAAAUGCAAUUCAUGGGAUUAUUACAUGUGUAAAAAGUUAAAGUAUUUUUUUUUAGCUGGUUUUUCGAAAUAAUGUUUCUUCCAUUUUUCAUAGAAGAGUGAAGAAAAUGCAUCAGUUAUCCAAUGAUAAAAGAUGAUCCAUCAAAGAUAAAUUGAAUGUAACUAUUUGCACAUUCAUAAAGUUUUAAAAGCUUUGACAUGAGUAUCUUAAUAAUAGAAAAAUGUAAGUAGAGAUUUGACGGUUGAAUAUCUUUUUGGCAAUCAUUGAGGGAUCCUGGCUAACUAUUAUGAUAAGACAUCAAAGGUACACAACUACAUAACAAUAAAAUUGUACAAAUAGGUAAAGCAUGAAAUAGGUAUUGUUAACCCAGAAUAUUAGGAAUACUUUGUACAAUUUAAUAACAUUCCUUUGGCACAACAAAUUAUUUAUCAGUUCGAGAAACACAGCUCCACAGCUGCCUUACAUAGGAAAACGUUUAUUAUAAUAUUAAAUUUUCACCAACUUAUGAUUCAUUUUAUUAAAUGUCUUCCAAAAAUAGUUUACUAAACCUCUUAUGUACCAGCACAAAGGAAAAAACUACUGUUUUUUUUUUGGCAGUAAUUUUAUGUUAAAAUUUAAUCAAACUUUCAAAAGGCUUGAAACACAUGAGCAAUAAAAAAAUCACAAGCGAGCAAAAUAAAAAUGUAACUAUGGAUAAAGUUACUAAAUGUUACUGGGAAGGAGGCUCGUUAGUUGGUUCAGGCGGACUUUCUUGUUGUUCAGGUUGGUUGUUGUUGUUGCCCGAAUUGCUACCUUCUCCUCUAGGGACCAUAC